AUGUCUUAUCUUGCAUUUGGGGCACCUGCUACAACCACUCCUGCCCUAGGAUCAACAUUUGGACAAUCUGCUACGGGUGGCUUUAGUUUUGGACAAACAACCACAGCCCAGCCACCAGCUACGGGGGGUUUGUUUGGUGCCACAAAGCCAGGUCUCUCUUUCGGAACAGGAUCCACCUUUGGGGCCCCAACAACAUCUGCUGCCGCAACACCAGCUUUUGGACAACCUGCAACAUCAACCUUUGGGUUUGGAACAUCUGCAGGAACAACCCCAGCAUUUGGAUUGGGAGCCCAGGUGCCUACAGCCGCUCCAGCCCCAGCAUUUGGUACUGCUUCAACAGCAACCACCGGUUUGGUUUUGGUCAGAGUGCUGCAGCUCCUGCAUUUGGAGCUGCACAGCAGCCAGCUACCCUUCAUUCUCAUUCAGCACACAGCCAACAUCCACUUCAGUAGCAUCACCAUUUUCAUUGGGCUCAUCAACAGCUCCCGCGUCGUCUUUUGGGCAAGCGUCGGCUCAACCAGCCUCUGGACAGGCAUCGUCAGCUCAGCCAGCCUUUGGACAGGCAGCAACUCAGCCAGCUUUUGGACAAGCAGCAACCCAGCCAUCCUUUGGACAGGCAACAGCUCAGCCAGCCUUUGGACAAACAUCAGCUCAGCCACUUUUGGUCAAUCAACACCAGCCUCCCAAAGUGGUCUAAGUUUCGGCCAGACAUCCACGCCAGCUUCGACAGGUCUUAGUUUUGGUCAACCAGCAGCAGUUCAGCCAGUUGGUGGUGGCCUUUCUUUCGGCCAAACAACUACACCAGCUUCGACUGGCCUCAGUUUCGGUCAACCAACUACAACUUCGUCAACUGGAGGUUUCGGCUCUGGAGUCAGCCCUCUACAACAUCUACGGCUGGAGCCAGCAACCACCGGGGCCACGGGAGGCUUUAGUUUCGGUCCGCCAGCCCCACUGCUGUGGCAACACCGGCAACUGGAACCCUUAGCUUUGCCAGCACCAACCGCCGCAACGACUUCAGCACCUCCAGCCUACAGUUUUACUACUCCAGCAUCCACAACAGGACUCAGUUUCGGGACGCCGGUCACUUCUGCCGCUACUCCGGCCGCUGGUGGAUUCUCGUUAGGGACCGCCUCAGUUUUACCAACACUUGGUCAACAGAGUGGAACGACUCUUCUUUGGACAGCUACUGCAACAGCUUCCGCUUUACCUUCAUUGGUGCCCCAACAGCCACCAGUGCUGCUCAACCUACACUUUCUCUCGGCACAACAACGUCUACACCCUCAUUUGGAGACGCAACAAACGGCAACCAGCAGUGCCGUACAACCUGCUCAACACUCAGUUUCGGAUCAACCACAACCCCGGCAACAGGCUUUUCAUUUGGAGCUCCAACAACGACCGCUGAUGCAACAAAAGUAG